AUGUCAGGUAUUGAAAUAGUAGGGCUCGUUUUAGGUGCUUUUCCGAUAGCUAUUACGGCUCUCGGGAAGUAUCGGGAAAUUUCCAAGCGUCUCGAGCUAUUCAACAAAAUCAGGCCUCAAUACAUGAGAUUUGAGGAUGAGGAGAAAAUAAAUCAUCUUUUAUCGGACUCUAGCAACACAUGCUGGGAAGACAAGAAUAUUGCAGAGCUUCUUCGGCGUCAGUUGGGCGACGACUCGUACCAGCUAGUCUUAGGGUGCAUCGAAGGUAUCAAAGAUGCUGUACAGAAAUUGAACCAUGAGUUGGCACUAGAUUCGGCCACAGUGCAAAACUCCCUCAACGUGACAGGGGUCCGAGUACCACAAGUGAGCCCCGGAGAUUCAACUCCAACAGCCUUCAUGAGAUUCCAGCUAUACAAGGUCAAAUUUAGUAAUGGCGAAAGCUUCCGAACUGAGCUGUUCCAUAAAUUAGAGCAAUACGAGACCCAACUUGGAAGAAUAUUAGACAUACGCAGCAAUGAAGCAAAUAUCGGCCAAAAAGCAUCCCCUAAAUGCACACUAACCAGCGACUUGGCUCUAUGCAGUUUUUGGGAACAUGCUAACACUUUUUCUAAGGCUCUCGCAUCGGCGUGGGCGUCUUGUUGCCAGGGACAGCAUAUCGCAAGAUUACUGCUACAACAUAGAACAAGCAAAAGCCCCGAGUUCAACAUGCUUUUUGCCAGGGACUUGACUUCUCAUUGGCAUAUACAGAAGACUAUGAUCACCGAUAGCGAUAAAAGCACACCCAAUAAGUGCACAGCAGAGAUCCCCAACAUUGCAACCACGUUGGUCUACCGACCAAAGCACAAAUCAAACAUCCCGCUAAAAUCCGCGAUGAAGAAAGCAGGGACAUCGAAACCGCGACAUGCAACUACCCAGAUACCUUUGCUACCAAUAGCACGAGUGGACUCGCCACAUCCAAUAUCAAAGCUCUGCAGCUCGCUAGACGAAGAAGGCGAUGGUUGCUGCGGCUACCUGGUAGAAGAAGAGUCCCGGUAUUAUGUGCAUAGAGUAUCACGGAAGGCAGCAAAACAAUUUGACUUCAUCACGUUGGAUCAGAUAAUCAGGAUGCAAGUGUCACCUGCAGCCAGUCGGCGAAAGCGUUACGCACUUUCGUUUACAUUGGCGUCUUCUUUUCUCCAACUUCUCGACACCCCCUGGCUCCCCGAGCUAUGGAGAAAAUCAGAUAUUAUUUUCAUCCAUAGCGACAAGGAGGCCGAUAUAUUCCUUCUAGAUCAACCAUAUCUCACCCGCGAGUUCGUUGCCCAGCCAUUACAGGGAAAUGAGCAAGGGAAAACCUCGUUAAGCGCUCCGACUGGCGCGAGGGGGAUCGGUUCCGGCGCUUCCAGGUCGAUAGAACUACUAGGUGUAGCCCUCCUCGAGCUUUGUUUCGGCCAGUCGCUUGAAUCCCAGCCGCACCGAGGCAAAUGGCCACCCGGGAACAAUGACAUGGAAAAGUGUACGUUUGACACUGUGGCCGCUCGAGAUUGGGUUGAAGAAGUCAAUGAAGAGGCAGGACCCGACUUUGACGAAGCUAUUAGAUGGUGUUUAGGGGGGUAUAUGAAUAUAGCACCGGAUGAAUGGAGGCGGGAGAUGUUGCGGCGGGUUGUUCGGCCCCUUGAGAGAUGCCAUAGAUAUCUGACUGGAGAAUAAUGAACCUGACGCCAAGAAUCGCAGCAAACAUAUUCUUAGAAGAAGCACUACCUUAUUUCGAGACCCAUUAUAUUAUUAUUAUUUCAAGUCUUUACUCUCUCAUGUAGAUGAACAAACAUUGUCAGG